AGUAACAAGUUGUACAGUAUAUAUCUAGAUCUACACAAAGUUUUGUCAUCAUGGAGUCGUGGUAUUUCAGCUUAGACGAGAAUUCAAUGAAUGUUAUUGUUGAAGGUGAAGAUCGAGGUCGAGUGAAGACACUAGAAGCUUCAAAGAAAGUCGGGAUGAUAAAGGUGUUGACAACACAAGAAUGUCUGAGAUUGUACUUGGAGAAGUUUGACUAUAGACAAUCUGGCCAGCCUACACCAUCAUCUCCAGGGUCUCGGUCCUUGUUUGUAAAGAGAUGGGAGAAAUACUUGAAAGAGUGCGAUGACCAGUCCACUGUCAGUAUGGACAGCUCUGACUCAGAUUGUACUAGUGGAAAAGUUGAUGAUUCAGAAACUGACAAGACAGAAGACAUAUCAGUUCAAGGUAUUCAGGACAAGGUUCUUCAAGAGAAGUUCAUUGGGACAUUUGAUGUGCACGUGUGUAGCUUGUGCCCCCCCCCCCCCCCCCACAUCCAUCAAGGUCAACAAGGCUCUUGGACCAUGACCAUGUUGGAAACUUGGUGGAGUCAUUCCAAGGGAAUGGAUGUGGCCAACUGGUGAUGAUGAUUGGAAUGGUUUCACCAGGAACAGACCAUAGCCGUCUCCGUGAACCGGGUGAAGCAAUGAUAGAGGUUCUUGGUUAUAUAGGAGUCACUUU